GAACGUCCGCCGGCCUGCACCUGCGCUCGCCGCCCACCUGCCUCUCCAGCGGCCCCUGCCCUGGCCGGGGGACAGUCCGGGCGGGCCACUCCGCGAUCCUCUCCAUGAUGGCCCGGCGUCCCCGGAGCAGCAGGGCCUGGCAUUUUGUCCUAAGCGCAGCCCGCCGGGACGCAGACACCCGGGCUGUUGCUCUGGCAGGCAGCACCCCCUGGGGUUACGAUUCUGAUGGACAGCACAGCGACUCGGAUUCUGACCCCGAGUAUGCGACCCUGCCGCCGUCCAUCCCCAGCGCCGUGCCUGUGACCGGGGAGUCCUACUGCGACUGCGACGGUCAGAGCGAGGCCUCCUUCUGCGGCGGCCUGCACACCGCCCACCGUGGCCAGGACUGCCGCUGCGGGGAGGAGGACGAGUGCUUCGACUGGGUCUGGGAUGACCUGAAUAAGUCGUCUGCCACCCUGCUGAGCUGUGACAACCGCAAGGUCAGCUUCCACGUGGAGUACAGCUGCGGCACGGCGGCCAUCCGUGGCACCAAGGAGCUGGGGGAGGGCCAGCACUUCUGGGAGAUCAAGAUGACCUCCCCGGUCUACGGCACCGACAUGAUGGUGGGCAUCGGGACGUCGGACGUGGACCUGGACAAGUACCAGCACACGUUCUGCAGCCUGCUCGGCAGGGACGAGGACAGCUGGGGCCUCUCCUACACGGGGCUCCUCCACCACAAGGGCGACAAGACGAGCUUCUCCUCGAGGUUCGGCCAGGGUUCCAUCAUCGGCCUGCACCUGGACACCUGGCACGGCACGCUGACCUUCUUCAAGAACCGUGCGUGCAUAGGAGUGGCAGCCACCAAGCUGCAGAACAGGAAGUUCUACCCAAUGGUGUGCUCCACGGCGGCCAAGAGCAGCAUGAAGGUGACCUGCUGCCGCGCCAGCCCCACGUCCCUGCAGUACCUGUGCUGCUGCCGCCUGCGCCAGCUGCGGCCGGACUCGGCGGACACGCUCGAGGGUCUGCCGCUGCCGCCCGGCCUCAAACAGGUGCUCCGGAACAAGCUGGGUUGGGUCCUGAGCAUGAGCCGCCGCGAGCCCCAGGCGCGCGAGCCCACCGCAGCAGCCCUGGCCAGCCCUGAUGAGCCCAGGCCCUGCCAGAGAAAGCGCUGCCGACGGACCUGAUUCCCAUGAAGACCGCCUCUGCCACUCUGGGCUGGCAGCUCCUGGCAGUGCCGCACAGAGGCUCCAGGCUGUCGCCUGCCUGAGCCCAGUCCACUGCCCAGGCUGUUGGGGAAGUGGCUGCAGUGUCCUCAGGCCUCUGGGGAGGGACGCUGGGCACUUCUGGACCGAGCCUGCAGGCCCAGGAGCUGGGGGCUGCAUCUGUGGCCUGGAGAAGGGCAGGGCCGGGCCCCCCAGAGCUCAGCUGUUCCUGGUCCCAUGGGGCCUAGGCUUUCCCCUAACUGGCUUUGCAUGUGGUCAGCUGCCACUCCCAUCAGAGACCUAACGACUGUAAUAAACGCAAUUUCUGCUGA